CAAGCUUACUAGCAAGACCCAAAAUUCCUCUUUCUAGUUAUAGUUUCCAAGACUACUAUACCAAAAAUGAGUAUCACUAUCCCAGUUCUAGCCCAAAAUACUAGACCUGAAAUCCCUCGGCGGACAGCUACAUAUCAUCCCAGCAUUUGGGGAGACCGAUUUCUCAACUAUGAUUCUAGAGACAUGGAAAGAAAUGAAAGGACGAAACAGCAAGUUGAAGAACUAAAGGAAGUGGUAAGGAGGGAGUUAUUCGAAAAUAUUGCAAAGGAUUCUUCAGAACAAUUGAAGUUAGUCGAUUCAGUUCAGCGAUUAUGACUGUCAUAUCAUUUUAAAAGAGAAAUGGAGGAAACACUUCGACACAUAUUUGAAACCUAUCAAAACCAAGUCAAUCAUGAUAGAGUUUUGUAUGAUGUUGCUCUUCGUUUUCGGCUUCUAAGACAACACGGAUAUAAUGUUUCAUCUGAUGUAUUUGAAAAAUUUAAAGAUGAAAGUACUGGAAAGUAUAAGGAAUGCUUGGCAGAUGACAUCUCUAGUAUGCUUGCCUUUUAUGAGGCCUCACAUCUAGGGUUGCAUGGAGAAGACACACUAGAAGAAGCCCUUGUCUUCACCACCACUCUCCUCAAGUCCUUGGCAAGUGCAGAAAAAACCGACCGGCCGUUAUUGGAAGAAAUAAUUUGUGCCCUAAAGUGGCCACAGCUGAAGAGCCUAGAAAGAUUGCAGGCCAGGCAGUACAUCUCAAUCUACCAAGAUGAUGCUUCACAUAACAAAGCAUUAUUGGAACUCGCAAAAUUAGAUUUUAAUCUUCUCCAAUCUUUGUAUAAAAAGGAACUUGGUGACAUUACUAGGUGGUGGAAGGAACUAGACUUUGAAAAUAAGCUACCUUAUAUAAGAGAUAGGAUUGUGGAAACGUAUGUUUGGGCAUUGGCGUUGUAUUUUGAGCCUCAAUACUCGCUUGGAAGAAAAAUUCUAACCAAACACAUCGCCUUCAUAUCAAUUCUUGAUGAUACCUACGACUUGUAUGCUACAUUUGAAGAAUUGGAGCUCUUCACUGCAGCAAUUGAAAGGUGGGAUAUUAAGUUCAAGGAUCAACUCCCGGAAUAUAUGCAACUAAUUUUCGAAACCCUUUUAAACGUUUACCAAGAAUUUGAGGAAGAGAUGGGAAAGGAAGAAAAAUACCGAGUUUACUAUGCAAAAGAAGCGAUAAAUAUAUAUUAUAUAUUUAUAUGUCAGAUGAAAAGAUUAGCUCGAGCUUACUUUGACGAAGCGAGAUGGCUAAACCAAGGAUACAUUCCAUCUUUGGAGGAAUAUUUAGACGUUGCAUGGCUUUCUAGUUCUAUCCCCACGAUUGCAAUCACGUCUUUUGUUGGAAUGGGAGAUAUUGUAAGCAAAGACAUCUUUGAGUGGGCGUUUAACGACCCAAAAAGUAUUAGAGCUUCAGCAAUCAUUGGUCGGGUGAUGAAUGACAUUACUUCUCACAAGUUUGAGCAAAAAAGAGAACAUAUAGCAUCUUCUGUUCAAUGCUAUACAAAGCAAUACGGAGUGUCAGAACAAGAGGCAUAUGAAGAAUUGAAUAAACAAGUGAUUAAGGCAUGGAAAGAUUUAAACCAGGAGCUCCUUAAGCCAACCGUUGUGCCUAUGCCUGUUCUAGUUGGAGCUCUUAAUCUUUCAAGAGUAAAUGAUCUCUUCUACAAAGAUGGUGAUGGCUAUACACAUGUUGGGAAAUGGAUUAAAGAUUCCGUUGCUGCAUUGCUUAUAGAUUCAAUCCCAUUAUGA